AUGGCCAAAGAGACUACACCUGCAUUCAGGUGUGAGAUAUGCAUCAUCAUUUGCUCGUCACCCCGCGGCGGGGGGAGCUACCUCUUCAGCCUCCUCCUUGGAGGGGACGUCACUCUGGCCAUCUCUAUGACUUUCAUCUCAAUGGUGGCUGCCACCGGCUUCCUGCCGCUGUCCUCAGCCAUCUACAGUCACCUGCUCAGCAUCCAUGAAACACUCCAUGUGCCCGUUUCCCAGAUCCUGGGGACCCUGCUGUUCAUUGCCAUCCCCAUUGCAGCAGGCGUGGUAAUCAAGUCCAAGCUCCCCAAGUUCUCACAGCUGCUGCUGCAUGUCAUUAAGCCCUUGAGCUUUGUGCUGCUCCUGGUUGGCCUCUUCCUGGCCUACCACAUGGGGGUCUUCAUCCUGGCAGGCGUCAGGCUGCCCAUCAUGUUGGUGGGCUUCACGGUGCCCCUGGUCAGCCUCCUAGUGGGCUAUGGCCUGGCCACGUGCCUGAAGCUGCCGGUGGCGCAGCUGCGGACUGUCAGCAUCAAGGUUGGGGUGCAGAACAGCCUGCUGGCCUUGGCCAUGCUGCAGCUGUCCCUCCGCCGCCUCCAGGCUGACUAUGCCUCCCAGGCCCCUUUCCUUGUGGCACUUAGUGGCACCUCGGAGAUGCUGGCCUUAGUAAUUGGCCACUUUAUCUAUAGCAGCAUGUGCGCCAUUCCCUGAGGCCCCCUGGGUCAAGCUUUCACCAGGCACCCCUAGCCCCCAACCUCCACCAACUGUCCCCACCAUCCUUGUGUACCAAAGGCCUUUAGA